CAUUAUUCAUUAAAACACGCUUUCGCAAGAUUCGCUAUACCGUACCCAGGGACUCAGGGUUGUCCUCUGUGAUAAACAAAAGCUGCUCUGUUAACUAUAAAGAAGUACGAUGUCCAGUGACUGCAGUGAUGAUGACAUGCCUGAGUUAGAGAGUGUCUCUAGUUCGGAGUAUGUGACAGACGAGGAUGAGGUAGACAGUGCGGACGAGGAUAACCCUGCUGCCACUGCUGCUGCCGUGCCAACCUCACCCAAGUGGGUGGACCCCAAAGGAGAACACUACAAAAUAGCCAAGCGUUGGUUGGAGCAGGACAAGACAUCCAUAGACAGACAGCUCAAUGUCAUCACUGUCUACCUGCUCUCUCCCUUCCUGUACGGACACGCCCACCAAGAGGAUAUCUGGCUCAAGUGGUGUCAAGAGGCGGGUCUUCUCAUGUCUGACACUAACUACAAUACAGGCUGUCUCAGUGAAAUGGAACGUUCCUCUGUGGACCUGCUCGACUCUGCCCUCCUCUACUGUAGGAAUACAAUGGUGGACAGGAGAUCACCAGAGUCACUAGCUGUGCUCCUCAAACUAGCUAGUGAUGUUCAGAAGGAGAAGAAGGAAGGAUCGCUUAAACGUGCCGUCAGAGCAGCCAGAGGGUGCAGUUGGUUCACGCUUAUGAUCAGCGACUUUAAAUUUAAGUCAAAGCCAGGCACUCCGAUGGAUCAAUUCCCUGUUGAAUUGGGCUGCCUGUAUGUCAUUAACCAAACUGCUGAUCACGUGUUUAGGUAUGUGAAGGACAACCAUGACUUCCACAGAGAGUUUCAAGAUAAAGUUCUGUCUGAUGAAGAGGUCGGAGAACCGUUGAAAAAGAGUGGUGAUGAUAUGGUCAAUGCUAACAAGCAUCGAGAGGCGAUAGAAGAAUACUCCACCGCAAUAGUGUGCUGCCCUUACAAAAUCAAGCUGUACACCAACCGUGCCCUAGCAUACAUGGAACUGAAGGAUUACAAGUCAUCUCUGUCUGAUGGUCUCCGUGCAAUGGUUCUCGACCCCAACUUUCCCAAGGGCUACAUUCGCUACAUUGUUGCCCUCAAGGCGUGCGGGGAGCGAGAGCUCAUGCAGCGUGUGAGCAACCAAUACCACAAGAAAUUCUCCAGCCCCAAAGACAGAGAUCUUCUCAAGAAGGCCAUCGAUAUCUUUCCUGAAAAAGUCGAGGUCACGCAGGAAAAUAAAGUGUCGUAUGAAAUGCUGAAAAGAGUUUGUAAGCAGGCUUCAGAAUCGUUUCUCAAAGGGAACAUCAAAGAAGCUGUCUUCUACUUUGAAGAGGCCCAAUCUCUACUAAAAAAGGAUAAAGGGUGGAAGAACUGUCUGUCAUUACUCGAAGGAAAGAAAUUCUCCAUCUCUGUACACUUUGCGUACGGUCUCUCUCUCCUGGAGAAUGGCUCCCACAAAUCUGCUGAGCUGGCUCUCAAACAGUUCCAAUUUAUCCUGGAGGAAUAUCGCACCAUGCACUUUGUCCCCGCUCACUGGGGUGCGGCCCGAGCCCUGGUCCUCCUGCACAGACACUCUCGCGCUCUUCUCACUGCUAGAAAUGGACUGGAACAGCUGCCACUCGUUAAACUCCCACCCAACUUCACGUGGCCCGGUACCAGUAAGAUCAUGUCCGAGGCUCUACUGCAGAAUAUUGAAGCCAACUUGCAAAAGAUCCAACAGAGCUGUGAGCCAGCAUGUGUGCCGGAUGCUGUCUGUCGCUAUGGCAACUGCACGCAACAUCACAAAUCGUCUAACAUCAAAAUAGUCAGCGAAGAGUACAAAGGUCAUGUGUUCCUGACUUGCUCUCAGAGCUGCUCCAUAGCCUACCACCCAACCUGCUGGAGACGCUUUAAGAACGAGAGUGUUGUCAACUCUGAUCGUGACUUCCUCCUCACUUCCUGUCCCACUCCCGACUGCGCGGGGGAGGUGGACUCUGUCUCUGUGUUCAACCUUAAGGGAAAAUGCAAGAUCAAGUUUGAGCCACCUGCCAAUAAGGCCCCGCCUUCUGGUCAGUUAGCUAAUCAUGUAACAAAGAAAAAGACAAGGAAGGCCAGCAAAUCGAAAGUCUCGAGGAAAAAACUUCCCUCUGACGAUGCUAGCGAUGCUGGUAUAGAGGAGGUCAUUAAGAAGGUGGCCACUGAAAGUGUCUCAUCAGAAGGAAGUUUGAAAGACGACGCUAAAGGCAGCCCCUCACCCGUUGAGGAGGAUGCCAGGAAACUGGAGGACACUGUGGAGAUUAUCAACCGACGGCAGACAAUAGACGUGGACAGCAAGGACUCUGGUAGAAUGAAGGCUAAAAAGAAGAAAGAGAAGAAAACACUGGGGGUGGAGCAGCUGGGGUUCGAGUACCAGGUGCGGAGUGACAUCAGUCCAGAGGAGGAGGCUCAGAAUAAAGUUCCCAAGUGGGUGCCAGACGAAGAGUAUCCGUUUCAACCGCCGAAGCACCUGAGGGAAGCCAUAGAGCAGUUUGAGACCUCUGAGGUGUUGGGACUAGUGCCACGCCCCCCUCCCCCACAGGCAGCUGACAAAAAUGAAAACGAAUAUAUAUAUUCUUGGUUUCGUGAAGUGUUCAAGAGUCACGGUGGACUGCUUCCAAAUGAUAAAAAACUCAUCGACGCUCUUAAUUUGCUCCCCGAAGACAAGAAAGGACUUAUUGACAAAGCAGGGGGGCUCGAGAACUUUUUACUCAUGUCCUCCCAGUUUAAAUCCCAUGGAGAACUUAUUUGCUUGAUUGAAGACUCGUGUGUCAUUGCUGCAUCGAUUGAUUCUGUCGCAAGUAGUUCAAGUAGUGGAUUGAGCCCGGAUAGCGAUACUGGAAAGAAUAUCAAAAAGAUAACAUUGUCCAAAAAAAUCGAAAAAAACAGUCGUUCGCAAUCCUCCACAGAAGGUGAACUCUCCAAGUUCGAGGUGAUGGAUAAAACGGAUAAAACGAAAAUUUACGGCGAGGAACUGUCUAGUGGUGGAAAUUCUUCUUCUAAUUCUCCGCUCAUCUCUCCGCGAGUUUUGAGUCCAGUUCUGCCCACUAAGACCAGGUCACGACCCGGCUCCGCCUCUAGCACAAGGAGCUCCACUGGUGACAGCGGGAAAUCAGACCACCCUCCAUCCAAAUCUGUAAAUGGAAAGAAGAGCAAAGAAAAGAAGAAUAAAAUUGAGCAGCGCGAAGACAAGGAGUGCAAAGAGACGUUUGGAUUGACAAAACAGCCUUCGAUCAUCGCCACCAAACAUUCCACGUCAAAGAGAGUGAAUGGAAUCAAGACAGGCUCGUCCGAGGAGAAGCUGAUGUCGGAAUGGGACCGCCAAGUGGAGAAGGUCAAGUCUGAGUUGGUUACUGGGGGAGGACGAAAAGAAUCGUGGGGGGAGCAAAAACCUGUUUUACCAGUCAAUCUAGUGAGUGUUGGGGUGGAUGUUCGGCCCCUGGUGACGGACAAGUGGGUAAUGACCGAUCAGAUUGCCCCUGUGGAGAAUUUCAAAGAUCGCUUUGAGAAUGUUUUGAAGGAGAAGACUGAUCUUCAGAUUAAACUGGAGGGGAGUGAAGACCAGAGGUUCAAGAUGCAGCGUGAUCACAAGAGGGAGCUGGACAGAGUGCAGAAACAAUCUAAGGCCGAAGCUAAGGAGGAAUACCAAUCUAAGAUCAAUGAUCUAGAGAAGAAAGUGUCUGAGGAGAGAGAGAGAGUUGGGGCAGAGAAGAAAGAUCACUCUGAGCAGUCACGUUCACUCAAGACUGAGAUCAAGUCCUUGUCCGACAAAAUCGAAAAGAUGAAGAAGGAGGCAGGAAAGAAGGAGAAGCAAUCUGAGAGCAGCCUCGUACAUACCAGGGCAGAACUUGAGUACGUUUCUACUGAAAAGCGUAGGCUGGAGGAUCGCUUGAGGGCACAGAGUGAGGCACAACAGCUGGCCGUCCGUCGAGCUGUGGAUGCUGAGCUGGAGCUGCUCAGACUGAGGCGAGACACUGUGUUCAGGCCGGCAGAGAUCCAUUUGAGGGAGGUAGACAGAAUAAUUAUGAAUGUACCAAAGGACAAUGAGUAUUUCCAUGAGUGGGAGAACUACAAGGGCAAGCUGAGGACUUCUCUGGACUGCUUUGUGAAUGCGGUGCAGGAUCAGGAGAAGCACAUCAGAGCAGGAAAACCGCUGUCUGUGUUGGAUCCCGUUCCCAAUCCUGCUGUCCCCUUCCCUCAGGCGUUGGCCUCGUUCAGGAUGCCAUUCAGACCCCCCUUCAUGCCCAUGAUGAUUCGACCACCUGGGGUGCCUAUUGAUCAGCCUAUGACACGCCCACCUGUACAUGUACCACCCACUGGGCCUAAUCCACCUGGAGCAUUGGCGGAUCAGCCAGCUUCUGUUGGUGGGUCAGCGGUGCUCCCCUCUCCUGUGGGGUCUGCUGUAGGAUCUGCUGUGGGGUCUGCUGUGGGGUCUAGUUUGUACAAUGACUCCUCCCCUGGUGCCUCUCUCCCUACCGAUAUCGAGGGAUUAGGAGGCUCCAGGAAAGUGAGCAGCUUCAACAGGAUCGUGGAGAAACUGGCACCAUCUUAUCCACAGUGCAGCAAGAGCGAUUUCAAGGCGGUUCUACGUGAGGUACGUCGUAACAACGGUAACACACUCUCCGGCUUGUCCUUGGACAACAUAGCCAGUCAGAUCAUGUCCAUUCUGGACACACGAGCGGGGAAAACCCCCACCUCCUCAGCUACCACGCCCACCUCUCCUGGUCCCGGCAAACUCCUGGCAGCUGGGGGUGUGGUUUCGGGGAAGGGCAAAAGGCGACAGAUGUCUAAAGGUCAUCCAGCAACGGCUAGGAAGAUGCUGCCCCCGGUAGCUGUUGCCGAUCCACCGCCCAAGACGUCAGAUAUAGAGUACGAUAAUGAUGGAUGGUGCAUCAUCUGCUACGAGGACAUGUAUGAGGAGGACUCGAGUACUCUCAACUGUGGGCACCGCUUCCACUCGGAUUGUAUUCGGUCGUGGUUCAACGAACAGAGCACAUGCCCCACAUGCAGAAACCACUCCCUCCUGCCGGACGAAUAUCCCACUCUUACUUAAAUAACUCUAAUCUAAUGUCUGCAACAAAACAGUUUUUAUAACUUGACCUUGCACGAUUUGUUAACAGCUCACUAUUGUAUUAGUUGCCUACAUCUCAUCUGUAUUAACUACGCAGCGUUUGUGUUAAUGUUAAAGAUGAUUUAUAAUGAUAAUUGUUAUUUCUUGUUG